CUGUGCAGACUCGCAGAACGAGAAGCCAUUCACACACGACGACAGCGUUUGCUUCUGCCACACAACGAAACACACACAAUUAUGGCCGCCACUCAACCAACCGACGUGAGCCCGGGGCCGUCGGACCCUGUCUUUGACGACGGCGACGACAGCGACCUCGAGUCGGUCUUCAACUCGGCCGACGAGCUCGACGACGACUUGCUGGACAACCCGUCGGCCGAUCUGACCAAGUCGUACAACCGCCAGCGCCAGCUCCACGGCCUCAGCGGCGGCGCCCAGGGCUCGGCCGCCGCCAGUGCGCCGCGGUCCAACCGGCAGAAGCCCACGGCGAACACGUUCGCCAGCAUCGACGACCAGAUCGCCGAGCUGUCCAAGCACGCCGCCAAGAUCCGCCUCGACUCGGUGAAGCAGGACCAGGACCGCGAGAAGGACAAGGCCGACCGCGCGACGGCCGAGCUGGUGCUCGACCAGCGCACCCGCAUGAUCCUGCUGCAGAUGAUCAACCGCGGUGUCGUCAGCGAGGUCCACGGCGCCGUCAGCACCGGCAAGGAGGCCAACGUGUACAACGCCGUCCUGUACCCCGAGGACGGCGGCCCGCCGGUGCAGCGCGCCAUUAAGAUCUACAAGACGUCCAUCCUCGUCUUCAAGGACCGCGAGCGGUACAUCACGGGAGAGCACCGCUUCAAGGCGGGCAUCGACAAGGGCAACAACCGCAAGAUGGUCAAGAUCUGGGCCGAGAAGGAGUUCCGCAACCUGCGCCGCCUGCACGCCGCCGGCAUCCCCUGCCCGGACCCGCUGGUGCUCAAGCUGAACGUGCUUGUCAUGGGCUUCCUGGGCGACAAGCGGGGGUACGCCUAUCCGCGCCUGCGGGACGCGAGGCUCGAGGGCGACGACGUCGACGACCAGUGGCGGCGUCUCUACAUCCAGUUGCUCGGCAUCAUGCGCCGCCUCUACCAGGUCUGCAGCCUGGUGCACGCCGACCUGAGCGAGUACAACAUCCUGUACCACGACGGGCGCCUGUACAUCAUCGACGUGUCCCAGUCGGUUGAGCACGACCACCCACGCGCCCUCGAGUUCCUGCGCAUGGACAUCAAGAACGUGGGCGACUUCUUCCGCCGGCAGGGCGUUGACACGCUGCAGGACCGGGCCAUCUUCAACUUCAUCACGGCGCCCGAGGGCCCCACCGACGAGCCGGCGCUGUCGCAGGCUAUCGAGCACCUGUACGAGAUCCGCCCGGCAGUCGCGGACACAGACGAGGCCGCGGCCGCGCUGGAGGUGGACAACGAGGUUUUCCGCAACCAGUUCAUCCCGCAGACGCUGGACGAGGUGUACGACAUUGAGAAGGAGGCCGACAAGCCGGUCGACGAGCUGGUGUACAAGCACAUGCUGGCGACGCAGGCCGUGACCAGGAAGACGGCCGGCGAGGAGGCGGAGGAGGAGGCCGAGAGCUCCGACGAGGACGGCUCAGACGGCGGCGCCGUGCUGAGCAGCGGACACAGCAGCGAGGCCGACGAGAGCCGGUUUAAGAAGGGCCGGCCGCGGGGCAAGAAGCACGAGGACAAGGAGGAGAAGCGGCUGCACAAGCAGGCGGUCAAGGAGGCGAAGCGGGAGCGGCGGAAGGAGAAGAUGCCCAAGGCCGUCAAGAAGCGGCUGGUGGCGGUGACGGCUAGGAAGAAGAAAUAAGCUGCCCCCCCAGCAGCACGGAUGCGGGACUGUCUUUUCUUCAUUACAUGCAUGGGAGCGACGGCAGCGCAGCGCCGGAUGAUGAGAGCUGAACACUGCUCGGAAUUGUUCGCGGCUGGCGGCGUGUUUUGCCUGCCAUGUGCGAAGGCUGAACCCCGGGCCGUGGCCGUUCCAAGGAGCAGGUCGGAGCGGGCUGGCAGGCUUGCUGUGACGACCAAAGAGAGCACUGACGG